AUGCUCUAUUUGUGCCUUUCCUUCACUGAUUGUCGACCCACCCAGCUGAUCGGCAGCACGCCCAUGGUGUAUCUCAACAAGGUUGUGGAUGGCGCCUCAUCUAUAACCCUCUGUCCCCAUGCCUUUUCUUUGGUAUCAUUGAUCGUCUCACCAGCUGAUCGGCAGCACGCCCAUGGUCUGAUCGGCAGCACGCCCAUGGUGUAUCUCAACAAGGUUGUGGAUGGCGCCUCAUCUAUAACCCUCUGUCCCCAUGCCUUUUCUUUGGUAUCAUUGAUCGUCUCACCAGCUGAUCGGCAGCACGCCCAUGGUCUGAUCGGCAGCACGCCCAUGGUGUAUCUCAACAAGGUUGUUGAAGGCGCCGUGGCAACCAUCGCAGGAAAGCUCGAAAUCAUGGAGCCCUGCUGCAGCGUCAAGGACAGAAUCGCGUACAGCAUGAUCAACGAUGCGGAGGAGCGAGGUGUCAUUGCUCCUGGCAAGAGCGUGCUGGUGGAGCCGACGUCGGGCAACACGGGCAUCGGCUUGGCGUUCAUAGCAGCGGCGAGGGGCUACAAGCUCGUCCUCACCAUGCCCGCCUCCAUGAGCCUCGAGCGCCGCGUGCUGCUCAAGGCCUUCGGGGCCGACCUCGUCCUCACAGACCCCGCCAAGGGCAUGAAGGGCGCUGUGAGCAAGGCGGAGGAGAUUGUGAAGAGCACCAAGAACGCCUACAUGCUGCAACAGUUUGAGAACCCUGCGAAUCCCAAGGUGCACUUUGAGACGACGGGGCCUGAGAUCUGGGAGGACACUAACGGGCAGGUGGACAUCCUUAUAGCGGGGAUAGGCACGGGGGGCACCGUCACUGGCGUGGGGCGCUACCUGCGCAGCAAGAAGCCUGGCGUCAAGAUCAUUGGCGUGGAGCCCAAGGAGAGCGCCAUUCUGUCCGGUGGCAAGCCAGGUCCGCACAAGAUCCAGGGCAUCGGUGCCGGGUUUGUGCCGGGCAUUCUGGACGUAGGACUGCUGGACGAGGUCAUUCCGGUGAGCAGUGAUGACUCGGUGGCCAUGGCCAAGGACCUUGCAGUCAAGGAGGGAUUGCUGGUGGGAAUCUCGUCAGGAGCGGCGGUGGUGGCGGCUCUUCAAGUGGCCAAGCGGCCUGAGAAUGCCGGCAAGCUUAUUGUUGUGGUGCUGCCGAGCUUUGGAGAGCGCUAUUUGUCGUCAGUCCUCUUCUCUGCUCUGCGGACAGAGGCAGAGCAGAUGACACCCUCCGUCUGA